AAGCUUCAGCGUUUCUUCUCUUCACACUCCAACUCUGUUCACCUCUCAGCUGGACAUUAAAGGACGAUGACAUCACAAAGUAACAGCAUGCUGUGGAGCCUCUUCACACUGAUCACUGCUCUAACAUAUGUUGAUGCAGUGAUCGUUCUGACUCAGACGCCUGCUGUCCACACAGUUCCUGCAGGACAACAGGUUGUUCUGAACUGCAACAUUCAGAGAGAUGAUGGAAAUUAUGUCAGCUGGUAUCAACAGGUUCCUGGUGGAGUUCCUCAGUAUGUUCUGAUGUUUUAUCAUUCACAUAGUUCACCCAGCUUUGGAACAGGAUUCUCCUCAGACAGAUUUAACUCUAAAUCCACAUCAAAAGUAGAUUAUCAGUUCAUCAUUAAGCGAGCAGAGACAGCAGACUCUGCUCAGUAUUUCUGUCGAACAUGGGACAACUCUGCUUCUGCUGCUGUAUUCGGACAAGGAACCAAGCUGAUUGUCACAAGCUCCAGCCUCCCUCCUCCUGUCCUGACUGUCUUCCCUCCGUCCACUGAUGAGCUUCAGUCCAACAAAGUCUCUCUGCUCUGUCUGGCUGUUCUGUCCUCUGGGUUUAAGGGUUUGUCUGAUGUCACCUGGUUGUCUGGUGGGAGUCCAGUGAGCAGUGGGAUCUUUACCAGCACCGCUGUCCAACAACCAGACCAGACUUUCCAGAUCAGCAGCUAUCUGACCGUUGAGACGUCAGACUGGAACAGGGAUCAGGUUUACACGUGUAAAGUGUCUUUGGGCUCCCAGACUUCAGAGAAAAACAUCCAGAAGUCAGAAUGUCCCACUGAAGAAUAGCAGGAGACACAAUGACCAUUUCAAAUCUGCUUCUUCACUGCUUACAGUGUUUACAUGUUACACAAGAAGGUGAUCAGAAUGUUGAACAUUGUAAAGUCAUGUUUUAAAUAUUUUUGUCUGCAUGCUUGUAAUACAUGUUGUUGCUGUUAGGUGGCGCUGUUGUAUCAGCUUUGCCGUUGUGUUUCAUUAAAAAUCCUUCAAUAAAAAGAAUGAU